UUAUUUUCGCUGCAGGUUUAUCGUCAUGGCAACCGUUCUCCUACUCAUAUCUACCCAAAUGAUCCUUAUAAAGAAGAUGCUUGGCCACAAGGCUUAGGGAUGCUAACGCAGGUUAGUCUGAUUUGUUACAAUAUACAUCUUAAAUACUUUGAUGAUACUUUAAUACAAUGUAUGGACAGUUCUCCGGGGGAAUUUUCGACUGGCAUUUACAGAUACUACAUAACUAACAUAUUUUAAGCUAUUAUUUAUAUAUAAUUUUCUAAAAAUUUACUUAAAGUUGUUCCAAAGACAGUCAGUUUUGAAAGUUUCAGAUAGCCUGUAUACAGCCGCCCCCUUCAAUCAAAAUAAAUCAGGGAGGUAGGCUCUCCCAAAUAUUUUUCCGCAGGGGAAAUGAGGGCGCGGCUGUAUACAGGCCGAAGAUAAAUGUCUUUCCAUGUCUUUGGAAAAUAAGCGGAUUUUUGGAUUCAUUUCUGACAAGUUGACGUAAAUUUGUUAAAUCAUUGCAGCAUUUUUUCUAUAUAUUCAGAAAACGUACAUACUUUCUUUACCUGGACAAAGAAGACUGUUGACUAAUGAAAACAGCGUGUUUUGAUUUUAUUACAUUGAACCGUGAAUAAUGAAUUAUCUUGUUUUUAGCUUCCUAUCUUGAUAACGAUAAUAUCCUUACUUUCGUUUAUUAAAAUUUCAAUUUUAGAAAGGGAUGCGCCAGGAAUAUGCCCUCGGUAAGUUUCUAAAGAAACGAUACAUGGAGAAGUUCAAACUACUGAAUUCAACUUAUAUACACAAGGAGGUAAGGGCGACUUGAGAUCAAUAACAGCCAUAUGUUGUUCACACUUUUACGUCUUGUAGGUAGAUGACCAUUUCAUGAGGAGUUCUUUAGAAGUAGCGAUAGUUUACAAGAGCCAAAAUGUUUGUACCCAGGUCUCACUCUGCCUUCAGAUUUCCAUUCCCCUUGGUUGGAGAAGAACUGGCGACGAAUGUUAAACAAUGUGCUUUUUCUGAAGUUGUCAAAAAUGAAUAAACAAUUAGAUAAGUAAAGAAAAAUUGAAUAGAAAAAGCUGCCACAAAACAAGGAAACAAACAAAACAAUGAAACUGGUGAAAGUCGGGUGUUUGCUAGGCCUAACUCCUUCUCACUUUUUUCUUCUUUGUCAGCAAAAAAAGUCAAUACUUAAUAUUGGCAGAUCCGUACCUUGAAUAAGAGCCCUCUGGCUUAAAGUAAGUAUCUCGGAGCCCCAGUUUCGCUUGGCCUAAAUCAAGGAGGGAGCCCGGCCUUCGGACAACCGUAACCCUCCCCUGUAUUCGCCACAAGAUCAUUUCAGGGAUGAUUUACAGCACUAAUAUACCUCCCUGUUUCUCUUAACAGCUGUAUAUUCGCAGUACUGAUGUGGACCGCUGCUUAAUGAGUGCUCAGACGCAGCUAAACGGCCUCUAUCCACCUCGUGGAAAUCAGGUACUUCAUUUUUUCUUUUUGAUUUCACAGUCGCUUUUAGUUGACAAAUUUCACCCUUUCACUUACGGAGAAAAUAAAUGCAGGUAACUCUGUAAGCGAAAUCCUAUUUUUUGUUACCAAUGAAAUGAGACCCUCCCGGCUUAAUUCACUGGUUCUUAAGAUUUAUUUUUCACUUGGUUCAUGAUAAAAUCCUUUGGUGUUUUAUUCUAUAUAAUGAGUCCUUUUUAACUUCAAUAAUGCCUGACCAAAUCGCCAUCCUAUGAUGUGACCAUUCAAAUGAGACCUUGCACACAGUAGCAUUUUCCUUGGUGAUGUCUUAACUUAUGAAAUAAUAGGGAUAUUGAUCCACUGGAUUUAAGAUCUAGCCAUUCUUAGGAUUAAGACGUAGGGGCAUUAUACUGGAGAUAAAGACAAGAUAACACGGCUUGACGUAGGUGGACGACUGAUGUUGAAGAAGCGAAAGACGUUCCAGUGUUAACAUAAAGAAACCGAGUCUAAUUGCACCGAAUUUUGCUGUUUUCAGAUAUGGCGUGAUAAUUUGGACUGGCAACCAAUUGGGAUUCAUGUGGUCCCAAAGAAAGACGACUACGUAAGUGAAAACUUUGUUUUAGGUAUCAACGGGACUAGAAAUAGGAAUACCUUCCAUCGUAUUUAGCUCUUCGAAACUGGCUGGAAAUAAAAACUUGGCCAUUCUAACACUAGGAACAUCGACCCAGAUGAAAUUCGUAGUGCAUUUGUAGUGCAUCAAUAUUUGCGUGGCGUAGAAAGGAUUCCCCCUUGAAGGGCGAAAAAGGAGUAUGACUAUCGACUUUUUUUCAGUUCGACUUAAUGCGUUUCCAUUAAAUGAGCCGAACGUAUUCAAGGUAAGAAAUCGAGAAAUGUGUUUGUCCUGAACCUUUAAAAACUUGGCAGAGAUAUCGAGAGUCUACUAGAGUCUGUAAUUCUUGCUUGCAAACACAUCGCCACUAAGGAAUUCCUGUUAGUACAGAGAGACAGAGAGCGGCUAGAUCUUAGCUCAGUACCUCUUUUGUUUACGUGAAGCAACGGUGGGAGCAAUAUUGCUCGCUUGUUUCACUCUGGUCUCUGUUUUUGCUUUUUUGGCAGCUUCUACGUCCGUUUGAUUACAAGUGUCCGCGUUUUUUGAAACUACGUGAAGAGGACAAAAAGCAGCCUUCUUACAUAAACAUGUCGUUGCAGUAUAAGGUCAGUGGCAGUCUUAUCCCUCGCUAAGUGAGCCCUUAAUCGUACGCACCUGAUAACACGUGUGAUUAAGACUUGAGAAACAAGUAAAAGAAAGAGGAAUACAGCAACAGACACUUCCCAUAGUUCCCUCAUUAUGAAUAUGACCAUGAUAAUUAUUUAUCCUGUUCUGCUGAUACUUUUCAGCAUUUACGGUCGUUUUGCCUGCGAGUCGUUUCGCCAACGUCCUGUUCGCUAACUUCUUAAGUCGCUUCGCUUACUUGUUAGGUCAGUUCCCUAACUGUUUUCGCCUGAUAGGUGACUAAAAGAACGAGAUAUAUACAAGUGUAUCUCACUUCUUUGUAUCAUGGCUGAGAGAACGAGGUAUAUAUACGUACAUGCAAAGCGCUUGUUUCGCCUCUUAAGUAACAAGACAUAAUAUGUUAGCGAAUUGGACGUUGGCGAAACGACUGGUCAUUCUUUUCAGGACAUGCUGGACUAUGUUUCCGAAAAGAGCGGAGAGAAGACUGAAGUGUCGACUGCAUUCCUGAUCAGAGAUCCGUUGAUCUCUGAGGUAAGUCAUCCAUCACUUACUGUUAUCCGAAGUCUUACUGAGAUAAUGAACUGUCCUAAACCAGGCCUUAAUUCCCAUCCCCCGUCCAAAAGAGGCCCUAAUCCCGAUCAUGCACUUUUGCAUUUCAGAAUCAUACCAACCUUGCAACCUUAAAAAUUAACGAGGUUUUGUGAAUUGUUUGUAGGAAUCUCAGAACAUGACGCUACCUGACUGGGUACUAAAUGGAACAACUUACAAAGAUCUUGGAACUGUGGGAGACUUUUCCAUGAUGUGGAAUUUCAACACCCGAGAAAAAGCCAGACUCACCGGAGGUUUGUUUAGCAAAUUCCUUCCUAGUCUUCUUAGCUGGCCGUUUUGUCGGGGAGCGUGCGAAUGAACGGGGACUGGCGCGACUGCUUGAGAAACGAGAAAGGGAUUGGAGCCGAAAUGCGUCCCGUCCCUGGGAUCGUUACUGGGGGCGCGUCGGUGAGCUAAAAGGAUCCGACAAUGGCGACGUCCAUGAAAACGUCGCUGAAAAAUAGACUUCGCAUCCUCUCAUUUUUUUCGCGAUUAUUCCAAGGGGCUCAGUUACUUAAAAGAAGGGAAUUUAGUUUGGAGCUGAAGAGAAGGGACCGCGCCCGAAUUCUGACAGAGAUGGUAGAAUUUAUCGCCUUGCCGUUCCCUUUCCCAGGUAGACUUAAAAUUUGGUCAUUUCGCGUCGAAGUUGUGCAGGGACGGCAAAGAAAUGUACUAAAAAGCGUGAUGCACGUGCAGAGUUGUUGUUUUGCUCAUUAAACAUAUUGCUUUUUUGACGUUCCCUUUGCCGUCGCCGUCGUAGUUUCGUAAGGUCCCUUGUAGGGACUUUAAGAUCCAACGACGCGACGGCAACAAGAACGUCGCUUAAAAACUUAAUUUGCGUUCUUUCAGUCUUUAUAGCGAUUACUCCUAUACACUCACUUUGUCAAUUGUAGGCGAACCCUCCUUAAGCUGAAUUUCAAGGGACCAUAUUCAAUCUCAGAAAGAUAAAGAAAAUUAGUCGUUGCUUGUUUACAUAUUCCUUAAAAGCGAAAUUAGGCAUUUUCACGUCGUAGUCGUGUAAGAACGGGCAAAGAAUGUCAAAAAAGUGUUAUGCACGUGCAAAGAUUUUUUUUUUGCUUAUUAAAUCUAUUGUUUUUUUUUAUGGUCUCGUUACUGUCCGCGUCGUUGGAUACGAUCCGACAACGGCGACGCCAAUGGAAACCUCGCUGAAAAAUAGACUUCGCGUCUUUUGAAACUUUUUCGCCCUCAUAUCAAGUCACAAUUUACUUAAAAGUAGGAAAGUUAGGUAAGAACUGAAGAGAGGGGACAGCGUCCAAGUUCGGAGAGAGAUGGAUAAAUUUAUCGCCUUGCCGGUCCCGUUCUCAAGUUAACUCAAACUUUGGUCAUUUUACAUCGUAGUUAUGCAGGGACGGCAAAGAAAUGUACAAAUCAAAAAAGGGUGACGCACGUGCAGAGUUGUUGUGUUGCCUAUUGAACCUAUUGCUUUUUUGACGUUCUCGUUGUCGUCGCCGUCGUGACAUGUUAAAGUCCCCAAUAUAUAUGGCCAUUUCUGCCCCGUCCAUAGUAACUGUAGCGAGAAUCCCAGAAAUCUUUGCAAAAGCAAGCUCUGUCCAGUCCCUUUCUCGUUUCUUAAGUAGCAAAUUAACAUUUGUUCUUCCAUUGUCUUUACCCAGUCCUUCGCGGCUCCGCCUCUCGCUCACGCUCCUUCCCGGUUCAACAAAACCGCCAGCUAAUGCAGCUCAGGCUAGUUUUUGUCUCUGGAAUGUAGUGCCAUCUAUUCUCAACUAGCCAAAAUGAGACAUGGAAAAAUUGUUUAAAAAUAACCAUUGUUUUCUAAUAUCUGAAGUCUUUCACUGGUGUUCCUUGUACUUUUGGCCUACCGCUUUUGGUUGUUCUUUUUAAAUCUAUAGUUUACUUGUUUGUUUGAGUAACAAAUCUUGUUUGAUGAAUGUUUAAUAGGUGCCUUGGUAGGGAGAAUGAUUGAGAAUAUGAAACUCGUUUUAUCUCCGCCUAAUCCAAAGGAGCCUGUCAGAAAGGCCUACCUUUAUUCAGCUGUAAGUAAUGUACCGUUUAUGUCUUAGGCAACGGUAAAAAGGGCGACAAAAAUGUGCAACCUGUUUUGCAACACUUCUGCAAAACGAGUAAGAAAGCAAUGUUUCACGUUUUACCACGUACGUUCAAACCUGUCUUGCAACAAAUCAGGUUGUUCUUAGUUGACGAAAUUCUAGGAUCUGACUUACCAUGCUUACGCGGCAGUGACAAACAAAAGUUACGUCACUUGCUGCAAAACAAGUUUGGCUUUGGCUGCUAAAACGUGCAACAUGUACAGAUUAUGUUGCAAAAAGUAGAACUACUCUCUACUUUCUGUAACAACUUUUCAUAACCUUCAAAAAACUGAUUUGCUGCAAGACAGGCUUGACUCGUGGGUGGUAAAAGGCGCUACAUCACUAUUCAACUCGUUUUUUUGCAGCAAUGUUGCAAACAAGUUGCAAGUUUUUGUUGCUUGUUUUUGAACGUACCUUUAAUGACUGGGAAAUCUGGUUGUUCCUGGGUUCUUUUUCUGUGAGGUUUUGCAUACGCACUUUUUUUAUACGAACCCCAGAACUUUUCCACUGGAAAAUAUAAAUCCUGGUUCCUCUAUUCAACUCAAAGGCCUCUUCAUCAAACACAAACUGUAAAAUGGGCUUUGAAUUUUCUCGUCAUUGUUAGGCUUUCUCUUUUAUCUUAUAAACGUGCUUUAGUUUAACAUUAUUAACAGGCCAUGAAGUUUUUCUGGUAAACGGUGCUGGUCUUGAGAAUUGAGAUAAGUUUGUUCAAGGUUCUGUGUCUCCAGUUCGGCACUGUCAGUUCAUUGAAAGGAAAAUGUUUUUUUCUUUUUUAGCACGACACCACCGUUUCUGCAUUCCUGAGUGCUCUCCAAGUAUUUGAUGGCAUUUCCCCAGAUUUUUCUAGCGCUGCCAUAUUGGAAUUGUUCAGUUCAACCAAAGAGGUUCUUAAGUAAGUACCAUAAAGACCAUGCCAAUAUGACAACAACAGCUACACCACAUGUGUCGUGUGAAGCUAGCGCACUUGAAGUAAUCUCAUGCACUCUCCUCUACAGAGUGUAGGGCACCAGAAAGUAGCUUGGAAUCAGGCCUCAGUCGGGGGAAAAAUGCGAAUAAACGGGGCGAAAAAUAUCGGCCAACCAAGGGGGCCAACGAGGGAAUCGGUCGGCUCCUUUCGUCGCACUCGCCCAGUUAUAAACCCUUUUUCGUACUAAGGAGCUUGGUCUCAGGCUAACCUGCAUACAGCCUUUUGUCGUACAGGAGCUUGAAGUCUCUACGAUGCCAUGCCGAUAGACCCAAGGGUGGACGCAAAUAAGGGGGAAAUAGCUCUCCAUGGCAGAUAGGGUUGUCCACAUGCGUAAGGUACUGGCCAUACCGAGGAGUUUGGAAGUAUUUAUAUUUGCUUUCUUACUGCACUUGCUGGCAUAUAAUUCGUAAUGCUGCUUGUUUUUCUGUAGCCUGUCCCGGGCUCUCAGUCAGUCGAGAAGAGAGAAAACGACUGCGAGCGAGGUAGAAAAAAAAGUGUGAGAGAGUAAAAGGAGGAAGAAUCGAAGGGAGAGCGUUUUAAACAAACGCAAGAGAAUUUGCGCAUGAGAACUAAAACACUGAGUCCUGGAAUACGGCAAAAAUUCCAUAACUGUUGAUGCGCGCGGCUGGCCCAAUGAGAAUUUGAUGCCUUCUACCCAAACAUUACGACUGUCUUAAAAAGAAAUGACAAUCAGUUCAAAAUCUUUCUCACUGUCAUAUCCGGCUUAAAUAAAUUUUUACUUAAUUCUCCAUUUUGCCUCACGUGCGGUAUAAAAUUUUUUCAUGUUUUCACUUUUCAUGUACCUAUCAGAGUUAUCGAAAGCUCGAUCGGAUGUUUUAAAACGUAACCAAAGAACAUCUCUACCGAUUUCAACGCUACGUUAAUUACUGACUUCAAUUACUGAACGUUACUUUUUUAAUUUUUGUCAGCUAAAAACAUUUUAUUGUAUUUACCACUUAGCAAAAUGAAGCUCAGUAAUUUGCUUUAAAUUUUUAAAUUCGCAGCGUGGCAUAUACCGGUAUGACGAACUGACUUCACGCUUUAAUAUUUUUUUCAGACCUAGUCUGUCCGUGCGUGUGCUGUAUCGAUUUGGUCAACAUGUACCCAAGAUAUUGACACUCCCAGGCUGUGAGGAAUUCUGCCCUCUGGAGAGGUUUAUCGAGUAAGCGUUACUAAAAAACAUUUCUUUUCUUUGUGCGUUCGAGGGAGAUUUUUAUUUGUCCUUUAACAUAACUGGUUUCCUUUUAGGCUUACAGCAGACGUUAUUCCUGAAAAUGUAGAAAAGGAAUGCGCCUUGGAACAGGAAAAAUGCACUUGUUUUAAAGGUAUUGUGGUCGAACUGGAUAAAAGUUUAGGAACAUUAAUGUUUACUAUAUGUCAAAAAGUCAACUAUUGCCACCCACCUCUGAGAAUGAAAAGUCGUUAACUUGCUGUUAUAAUCACGGACUAACUAAAAGCCUACACUGCGAGCAGAGUCGGGUUUCUCUCUAUCAUGGCUUUUAGCACAGUUACGAAGUCGUUCGGGUGGCUUGUCUGUCGCGUAGUUGUAAACUUUUAAAGCCUGCGAGAGACUGCGGGCAGUUUCUCUUUUUCUUCAGAUUUAGUAAGGGGAGAGCACGCGCGCGAGCGUUGUCGUGCCUCUCCCGUCUCGCGCCUUCAGUCAGGUGCGUGGUCAUUUGCGUGUCUCGGGCGUUUUGCUCGACGGACCAAGAAAAAAGAGAGACUGUUCGUAGUCUAGCUCGCAAGGUACUAGAAGCCUGUAUCGGCCACACCACAUGACUACUCUCGCUUCGCAAAAACUCCGGCUCGUUUUUUUGUGUCAGAAUAGACCUCUAAUGCAAAUAUGGCGGACCUCUCGGUCGACCCGGGUCUAGUUGCGCGAAAGCGAGGCUAGUGAGGAGUUUCGUUUUCAUUGCAAGUCUUAGGGAUUGAGUCGAUCGAUACAGUUUCCUUCGGUUGUUUUUCACAAUGAAGGUAUAAGGUAAUUGAAAGAAACAUAGAUUGGGAAAACAAAACAUACACCGCAGAAGAGAUGCCCUCUGUACUACUUACUGCUACAUGAAAACCUUUGAUCAGUAAAUGACCUGACCCAUUAGGAAAAUGAGUAAUUUUAAUUUUGAGUGGACAUUCAAAAACCUUGUACCAGAAUGAUUUCAAGCAUCUUACAUUCUUUUUUACACUUUCAGAGGGCUACAAAUGUAAUAAGUUAUGUGAAAUAACACCAAAGGAAAGGUUCUUACGAAAGCCCGUGAAAACAUUCUUCAAACUGCUUCAAACUUCACAAAAUGAAAUCUUAUGCAUGACGAUUUUACCUGCGUUUUUUUCAGUUCCUGUGAAAUUUGAAAUGUAUUUUCUCGGGCUUCCUUAAGAAAUUGUCAUUUGGUGUUAUUACAGUUGACUAAUUACAAGUACAUCUAUAGCCCUUGAAAAGUGUGAAAGAGAAUGCGAUAUAGCUGAACAUGUUCUUAUUCAAGGUUUUUUUUCUACUGAGCUGUUAAAAUUACUCAGUUUCCGGAUGGAUUCCAUCUUAAGCUUUUUAACAGAGUCCCGUUACAAUUAAUUUACAAAUAUUGAUCCCAAAGGCAAAGAAGAGAACUAACAUUUUUAAGUUAACCACUUCACACGCAAUGAAAUUAAUCACUGUAAAUUCACUUAUACUGUAAAACGACUGAAACAAUAACUCACUGGGGAAAGGAAGUUCACAGUAUCUUAUCUAAACUGCUGUUUAAUUAUCGUCCUAGUGAUUGACUACAAAGUAGAAGGAUGCUACAAGGACAGAAAAGGAAGGAACGAUACGAUUUUUACGAAGACGUUCAACACAGUCAAAGGCGUCGACCGAAAGAACCCGGAUGUGGAGAAGAUUUUCUUGGAAUGUAAGGAGCUGGCAGAGAAGGAAGGCUACGAAAUAUUUGCAAUUCAGGUAAAAGUCUUGGUAUAUAAUAAAUAUAUAGCUAAUUCGAGAAAGGUUGUCGGAAAAAAUGUGCACGCGACAAUCCCGAGAGGUAGUAUGGGAUAUGUUCAAUACACUGUUCCUGACAAUGUAGCUGUCGAGCCUGCUUUUGUUGCUUUCCUUUAGCACUCAAAGACAUAUGUCCAUGGCCUCUCCUGCUAUUCUAUCAAAUUUAUUUGAAAAACAGUGAUUUCAACACCACCCAUAAUAGCUUUUGGUGUUGUCGCGUGCUCUUUAUCCGACAACCUUUCUCAAAAUAGCUGUAUAUUAAAGUCUGAGUGUGAAUGGAGCGUGAGCUUUAAUUGAACUAAGCAAUCUCUUUGUAAGGGCCUCCCUGUUCCCUGGAACGAGCAACAGAGAACUGAAACAUUUAGCCGCAUUUUCUUCUGCCGUGUGACCUGUAUAAUGGAAGUAGCAGCUCAAAUUAAGAAUAAAUAAAUGCAGUAUUCCAGAUUUUCUUCGCCCUGAGUUUGGCUAUGUUUACUUUUAAGUUACGAAGAACAGAUACCUUUUGUGUCUGCAAACCGAUUGAGUCCGAAACGCGCAGUCCUAACGGCGUUUCUACUUAUCCAGUUUUUAUCCUCUGUUUUCGACGCUGCUUUUAGCUAUCCCGGAAAAAAUUUCAUCACGUGGAUGACAAUGCAGUGAAAUCACUCGCCCCACUCGCUUUUUUAUCGGACGCACUGUUUGUAAUUGCGACUCGUUUGAUAGGUAUACGGUCGAAUAAUGCAUUUAUGGAUACAAGAUUAAAUUCACCGGAGUUAUUUUUGCCUCUUAGAAAGUCAAUAUGUGUGUUACAACUGCAAGUGGAAAGGUAGCAGAUUUCAAGAAGUUUGGUGGAUCCAAAGGCUGUAUUGUGAACAAGCAAGGACUUGGUGUGGGCAAAAGACGCGCAGCCAACUUCGUUUACGCUGCGUAA